AUUUCCGAAAUGAAUCUAGCAUCGUCAACACCCCCGCCCCCUCACGCCGCCGUAUAUGUGGGUGCUUGUCAAGUAAAUACGUUUGUAAACAGUGGUGCAGCGCCAUCUACCUGCGAUUGAGGGAAGCGGUUCAGCACGAGUUCACUGAUUGCACUGUAGCACGUUAAUGCAGAUAACAGUGUUUAUGCGGGGGUGAGACAACCGCGAUGCACCGUUUUCGCUUAGUGACAUUUGAUGUUAGUGGGACACUUCUUAAUUUUCGGAGGCCACCUCAGACAUUGUAUUCAGAGGCAGCGUCUCUCUUCGGCGUUACUGCGCAGCCAUCAGACAUCGCUUUAAUAUUCCGAGCACAGUAUGAUAAAUUAUCCCGUGAGCAUCCGAACUUCGGUCAAAAAACCGGCAUAGGCUGGAAAAAGUGGUGGAAUCUGCUGGUCGUAGAUGUUCUCGAAAAGGCAACGCGAUGCCAGUACAACAGAAGCACUUAUGACAGUGUUGCAGGUUAUCUCAUAAAUGCUUUCGAGAACGGAGAUUGUUAUGCCAUUGCUGAAGGCGCCCAAGAUUUAUUGUCAUAUCUGCAGCAGACAAACACAAUUAUUGGCGUAAUCUCAAACUACGAUGAAAGACUGCAUUGUGUACUGAAUUCACUGGAUUUAAAUAAGUAUUUUAAUUUUGUUGUAACGUCAUAUGAAGCUGGUAUUGAAAAGCCAUCACCCAAAAUAUUUGAAAAAGCCCUGGCCUUAGCAUUGAAGAUUGAUACCCAUGUAACUCCAUCAUGUUCUCUUCAUAUUGGUGAUAAAGUCGAAACCGAUUAUGUUGGAGCCAUUGGGGCGCAUUGGCAUUGUGCUUUAGUGACGAAAAGCAGUGAUGAACUGUGUAGAAGAGGACUGCAAAGACAAGGUGUAUUACCGAAUUAUAUUUUCCGCGAUCUUGUUGAACUUAGGGCAAAGCUCCCACAUCUAUGGGAAAGGGACAUUGAUGAAGAUGCUAAGAAAUUUUAGAAGGUUAAAAGUAAACUAGUUGGGGCCUGCACUUAUAUUAGUUUCAACAAAACCUUUUGCAAGAGUGCAGUGAAAUAAAAAGAAACAUGUUUACUGCAUAUUGAAGAAGUAUGUGCCCACUUUGUGAAGUCAUAAGAGUCUUUUAUAAUAUAAACGAGACAGGCAAAUAGAUUAGCUGCGAAACAAUGGAUAUUAUGUAACAUCUUGUACUCCUGUAUUGAACGCCAACCGCUUCUACGGAUCAGAAUAUGUUUGCAUUAGAAUUUUGCUUUUGUGUGAAAACAUCUGGUGGGGUAUAUAACUUAAAGCAUGUAUCAAUUAGGGUAAAGAACCACACAAAUCAGCUGACAUCUGAAGCAACAACAGCAUAUAAAUGAUUCUUGGUGUAUUUUUAAUUAAUGGGCCUUGAUUACAUUUUCCAAGUCCAGAGUAUUAACAGACAAGUCGGGAGGUGCCAAGUGCUUCCACCGUAGUUUAUGUCCUGUUUUCUUGUCAACCAUUGUGUUCCAGUUUUUCUUACUACUUCUUGCACCAAUUUCCUGUUGGCCCUUCUAAACAACGAAAGUUCCAAGGUGAUGUUUAAGCUUUGUUCAUUAACUUAUUAGCCACUCUGGUACAUGGAUGAAAAGUGCUUGCAAAUACAGAGCUAGAUAUAUUACGUGGAAAGAGGGCAGUUCAAAGGCAAUUGCUGCAUACAAUAAACUUGAAGUAUUUUAAAUAAAUGUUAUCUGGAGCUGUGAGCAGAGUAUGUGAACACUCUGGACUAUUUAAACCAGCAAACACAAGAUAUAAAAUUCACAUGCAUUGUAUAUGAAACUGCUACAAAUUUUUAAAUUACAUUAUGUACUUGGCACAAGAGAUGUAAUUGACACAAAAAAACUAUCCCCAUGUUUGUGAUUUUAAUUCUCUCAUUUCGUUUUUAAAGCACAGCCUUUAUACACUAAACUUUUCAGUACUAAUGUUUGCAUGUAAACCUUUCCUAUCAGAAUCAAUUAUUUUAACUUGAGAUUGGCAUGCCUUAAUAAAUGUAAGUCAAAAUCAUAACUGUACUGUCUACCAUUUUAUGUAAUCAGGGACAGUUGUGUUUCAGCUUUAUUAUGACGGUAUAAAAUUUGAGUUUGUAUCACAUAUAAAGUGACACACACUACAAAUCACACAUCAGAGAAGUUGUUAAAAGAUAAAAGUAUAAUGACUGUGGAAUUAGAUUGUAAAGGAAAACUACUUUGCAUGUAUUGGAGAUUGUGAUACUGUCAUUCUGGGUUAUGAUGAUAAUAUAUUUUUUAUGUUGUUCAGUGUAUGGUUAUAUUUAUGUAUUUGCUGAAAAUCCAUAUUUUUCACUAUGGUCUGAUUUUUCAAGUUUAAAGGUGUUAGUAACAAGAAUGUUCAAUCUCAAAACCGAUAUAGUCCCGCCCCGCAGUGUUGUUGAUAGUGUGAUAAUAUGUUGGUAUGGUCAACAUUGUGGUUAUAUAAUGCUAACAAAUAGUUGUGUUGCUGAUAGCACUACUGGUCAAAGCUAAGAGAUCAUAUCAUUCCCUUCACUACUUUAAUUACUUCUCCUCAAUGCAGUGCGUCAAAUAGAUUCACUUGUAACAUCAUGCCCUGAAAGACAAUUGAGUUCAAACAGCUUCUAACUUCUUCACUGAAAAAUAUUAUUAUCACUUCUAUGCACAUUGAUGUGGUAAUCAUGAUUGCUCUGCCAAAUUGUGCUAGGAUGGUCUCAUCAAUGGAAGGAGGCCUUUGGAUAUGGCACAAUCACUUAAGAUAGAUGUCUGAUCUUAUUCAAUCUCCAUGGAUCUUUGGUUGAUACAGAAUACAUGGUGGAAUCUAGGAAUGGACUUUUAUGAGAAUAGUAUCCAUUUGUUCUAGUUUCUUGUUGUGGUCUAGGCCUUGUUGAUGUUGCAGGAGGCAAUUGGGAAUGUCAUCUGUCAUAUGGAGUUGCACAAUAAUUAAGUAACAAAAUUAUAUAUUUGCAUACAGUGUCUGCGUGAUGAAGAGUGAUAUUCUGCAUUGCUCGCUCUUCAUUUUAAGCCUCUGUACUCUUUAUCUGAAGAGAAUCUCUGACUAAUGUAGUUAGAAAUAGAGGAGGAGUGCGUAGGAGACCAGCUGCCGGCGGAAACUCGCUAACAUGAACAGCAAAGUAUCAUAAAUGAACUGUAUCUUAUCUUUGUUUUUUUUGGGGGGGGGAUUCUGGGAUUCUUUUCAUAUCUGUGCACUGUGAAAUAAACCUGCACUGAUUUCAAAAUUAGUUAUUCCUGGAAAGAAGCAAUAAGUACCCAAUGGUUGUGAUCGCAGCAUUAAUAACUAUUAGAUGCCAAAAUCUAGGUUUGUCUUGAUGUGUAUUUUUUUCCACCACAUAAUUUACUGCAAGCAAUGAACUAACUUCACCAGGCCAUGCCCAAUUUAGACAGAUAUGUAAUGUGUUCAGAGUACAUGUAAAUGUUACAAACAUGUAUUCCUAAGUUGAACAUUCAUAGCUCUGUCUCGCAGUGUACUGGAUUCAUGUUGAAUAAUGUCUUACAUGGAUAAAAUGUGACUGUAAUUGUUUUAAAUUAUCUUUCACAUUCAACACAUUACUGUUUUAUUUUUCAAAUUAUUAUUUUAGUAGAAGAUUGUGGACCGUAAGAGUCAAAUUUGUGUUUUAUCAUGUACAAGCUUAUCUCAGUAUGAAUUAAAUGUUCUAGUCUGUCACAGGUGGGUCUCUUAACGCCCAAAUGGUGUGACUCUCAUUAUUCUUGUUAUGAGGUAUUAUGAUUUACAAAGAUUGUUACUCAAAACUUAACAGUAAUUUUUGGCUAAAGUGCACUUACAGUGUGCCGCAGUAUUCCAUUGCAUGCUGCUGUCGGCACUUUGUUAUCGUUGUUCAUAGCCAGUCAGGUGAUAUAGGCCUACUGUAGCCAAUGGGAAUCACUGACUGUAAUGGUUCCUAUUGGUAGAAGAUAUGAAUUAAUGGCAUCUGUUUUCAGUAUGCAGAGCACCAGAAUAAAAUUCACUGCUCUGGUUAGUAUGAAUUUGUAUGUUGCUUACUAAUUUCCAUAAAUUCUCUGUUGACUGGGAAAACUACAUGUGCUGAUGGACUGACCUGUGGUCAUGAAUGGAAGAAAAUUAGAUGUAGCUGCAGCAUAGCCUGAGGCCUAGGUUAGAGUGGACUAUAAUUUGCUUGUGAAUUGGCUAAGCCCACUAAUCUCAACACAAUUGCCAUAAUAGGUUGAUGUGUACUGUAGCCCAAGAAUACAUUCAUCAUUGCAGUAACCUACUUGUAUGUCCUCUUCGAGAUUUUACCAUAACUCUAACCUAGUACAAUGCCAGUUAAUCUUACUUAUAAACCAUAGGCAAUUACAAACAAGAACCCCAUUGGCUACAUACAUCUGAUUGAUGUUUCAUCAUGUUAACUUCCCUUUAUUUAUCGUACAAACUGUUACUAAGAGCAACAGACAACAGAAUAGCUGUGGUACACCAUAAGUGCAUUUUUACCAAUGUUAUCCAGUUAUAGACCUGAUACAGGGGUCCAAAUAAAGGUAGACCAUUUAUAAUAUAAAUAGGUAAAGGAUUUUACUUACUAUAAUAAUAUACAUGGCAGUUGACAGUGUAUUAAC